AUGUUAAAAAGUGCUUUAGAGUUUAUUAAGAACUAUAGAGAUCAAUUUGAUCAGAUUUUGGUCAAAGCAAAAGCAAUAGCAGAUGAACUAGGGGUGGAUUCUGAAAUAAAAGUAGUUCAGAAGCGUAUAAAAAAAAAAACUUUGAUUAUGAGCGUUCAGAUGAUAGGUACUGAUCAUAGAACUGCAGUAGAAAAAUUUAAACAUGAAUUUUUUUACACAUUAAUGGACGUUGUUACAUCAUUGACAGAUCGUUUUGAAAUUUUAAAGAUAUAUGUGGAUUUAUGGAAUUUUUUGUACGAUUUAAAAAAUGCACCUGAAAAUGAAAAUGAAUUAUUGAAACAUUGUAUGGAUUUACACUAUCACCUUAAAGAUGGAUCUGACUAUCUGACUCUGAUAUUGAUGGUGUCGAAUUAUGCACAGAGAUUGUGA